GAAAUGAAUACCAAUUCGUAAGAAAUGAGAUUAUCCAUUCCCGCCACUGCCAUACGGGAAUGGCUCUUUCGUUCCUCUCAGUCUCAGGUCGGCCAUCGGCCUCUCUCAUCAGUUGCCUCGCUGCCCCUCCAGCUCCGCCGCCACCAAACCCUAACCCAACCGCCUUACCCUCCUUAACCUGCACCCUCCAGUGCCCUCACUUCCAAUCGUACGCACCACCACUGCAGUUUCGAAGCUCCAUCGAAGCUCCAGAUCAAACCGAUUUCGAAGCUCCAUCGAAGCUCCAGAUCUGAACUCUGACCCCUCGAUUACUCGCAUUUCAAGUAAUAUGCACAUUUCGACCCAAUUCUUCCUUUCCCAAGCCGCUCGACUCGGUACACUUUCGCAGGGAAAUGCUCAGAGACCGGAAGUGUGUGUAGUCACAUGGAACAAUGAUGAGCUUGCAACAGAUGCACUACCUGUCCAUGGCUUUGAGCAUUACAAGGCAAAGGACUAUGCCCUUGCUCACGCUCCAUUCUCAGGUAGCAGCUAUGCAGGUGGGCAGUGGGCUGCUGGUGAUGAGCCAUUAUACUAUAUUGUAUCCCCAAAGGAUGUAGUUAUUGCAAAACCUAGGGAUGCAGAAGAUCAUAUUUCUUGGCUUCUUCAACAUGGAUGGCAUGAAAAAGCUUUAGCAGCAGUUGAAGCUGGGCAGGGAUGAAGUGAAUGAU